AUGACCUCGAUCCCUCCUCAGUCGGGCGUUCAACAAGGACAGAGCACCGCUACUCCAGCCUCUACCCAGCCCGCUUCUACCCCUUUGGCUACCACUGCCCCGGCAGCAGCCAAGUCCUACGCCAACGCCACGAAGAAGUCCGCGACGGACCCGUCCGCCGCUCCCGUCACUGUGGGAGGCCCAGCGCAACAUGGGAAGUCGACUUCCGUCUCUCCUGUGAACGGCAAACCCAUGCAGUCCCAACCCACCCAGCAGGCGGGCCCGGCGCCCACUAUCGUGAAUGGCGGCGCUCCGACUGCUUCGCAAAAUGAUCACUCCCGCAAGCCCUCGGUGACUAUCACAUCUGCCGGUACCUCAGGCUUCAUCCCUAACGGAGGCCCUGCCAGCCGACCCAACAGCCUUCAAUUCGGCUUCGUCAAUGCCCAGAGCUCUCCCAACAUGGGCAAUCCUGCUGUGCUUGCCUCCAACCAGUCGCAGUCCGGCCUGGGUGCCCCGUCGAUGAAUCCGCGUGUCACCUCGCCGCAGACCUCCCCCUCACCCAUCCCACAGCCUGCUAACAGUGGUGGCCGUGCUCCACCCUCGACUUACCAGGCCCAGGGCAACGUUCCUAACUUUGGAAGCUUUGGCGAGACCGGCGACAACAAUAUGCGUCCAAAUUUGCAGACUCCCCUUGCCCCCGGUGCCCAGCAUCUUCGCCGCGAAUCCUCUCAGUCGACGCACAGUGAUAUGAGCAACCAUAUGGGUGGUCCGCCCGGACGCGGUGGCUACCACCAUCAGGGUGGGCGCGGCCGUGGAUACUCCCAGUCUGGAUACCAAGGACAGGUCCCAUACUCGCCAGGGCCGAGCUUCCGUCCUACUCCUAACCAGCCUCGUGGAGGCCACAACAUGGCCAAUGCGCACCCCACCACUCCGCAAAUGCAUCCGAUCAACCCUGCUCCUAUGGGUCAGAUUCCGCCUCAGCCUUAUGGAUACCCUGGACAGCACAUGGCCCCCCAAACUGUGAGAACCAAACCUUUCCUUCGUCAUAAUCACUAUCCUGCCCGGCGUGGCCAUCCCAAGGUUAAUGGGACCCGGCAAUCACAAGUUCCGGGCCUUCUUCCCCCAGCUCCCAUACCACAACCUGCUCCGGCUCCUCCUGUUCUGGAUCUCGCGCCCGAAGGUGGUCAAUUCGAAAAGUAUCUAACAUUUGUGAAAUCCCAACAGGCAUACCCUCCCAACUACGAUCCGAACUAUGGCUAUUAUCAACCCCAGUAUGGGAUGCCGCCUUACAUGACCCCUCCGUCGCCGCAACCUCGUCCUGGCAUGCCCUUUAACCCCCCAGGCUGGCUUCAUGCCCGGUGCGCAGUAUCCUGUGCACCCUCCGCAAACCGCCACUCCUCUUUCACGGCCCAGCUACAUCUGGCGCUCCCGCUCCUGGCCAUGCUCACACAGGCAGCAGAUCUUCUAACAGUCCAGCUCCCGCGAAGUCGCAGUUCGUUAUCCCCCCCCAAGAAGAGCCCCAUCGUUAUCAAGGAUCCCAGCGGUAAUGUCAAGAACUUCAAUGCUCCCGCAUCGCCUGCUCGUGCCACACCUUCUCCCGUGAAGAUUACCACUCCCUCUUCAACUCCGCCACCCCGAACCGCCAGUGCCAGCGACCACAGCCGCUCAGAUAGCAAGGCCGGCGGUGCCAAGACGGAUGACGAGAAGAAACAGGAACUGAAAAACGCCGUCUUGAAGAAGGUCCAGGAGGAUGAGGCCGCCCAAAAGCGCCAGGCCGAAGAGGCUGCUCGUAAGCCCGCUGAGGCGACCGAGCCAGCUAAGAAGGACGAUACCGAGUCUGCUCGCGCUGCCCUGGAAGGCUUGAACAUCAAUGAGAAGUCCGCUCCUGCCGAAGAGCCCAAGAAGGUUGAAGAGCCCAAGAAGGCUGAAGAGUCCAAGAAGACCGACGAGCCAAAGAGUACCCCGGCACCUGCACCUGCUGACGAUGACGAAAUCGACUUCGAUGCUAUCGAACGUGAGAUGGCUGAAAUUGAGGCCAAGGAGCGUGCAGCGGAAGAGGACUACUACCGUAAAAAGCAAGAGAAGAAGGAAGCCGAGGCCCGUAAGGAACGUGAGGAACUCGAAGCUUACGAAGCCAACAUGAAGAAGGCCGAGCGGGAGGCCGAAGAACGCGAAUUGGCCAAGGAGGCAGCCCGUGCUAAGGGCGGCGACGCCAGUGAAGACGAAGCCGCCCGAAAGGAGCGCGAAAGUCUCUUCUCGUCUCUUAAGAGCGGAUCAGGCUACCAAGCAACGCAAUCCACGCCGGAUGAUAGCGGUGCUGCCACUCCUGUUUCGUCGGACAUGGGUCCCCCUUCGAAGCCCGCCAGUGCUGCGGCUAAGAAGCCUACGGGUCUUAAGGUCGAAACCAUCAAGUCUACCGAGCCCACUGCGGCCAUGAAGGCUCUGCAGAACGCCAAGUUCCUGGAGGAUCUUAGCAAGGUCACUUACCCCGCCUCCAUCAACCCUCCCGAUGCAUCGCUGAAUGCAAACUCUCCUCCGGGCCGUCAAUUCCACUAUGACCGAGACUUCUUGCUUCAAUUCCAGACCGCGUACAAGGACAAGCCCUCUGCCGACUGGGACCUUCGUGUUAGAGACACUGUGGGUGACGCUGAUUCUUCUCGCCCUCAAUCUGCGGUUCGCACUCCCAGUAUGGGUGGACGUAAUCCCUCACGCACUGGCUCCGGACCCAUGGGAAGCUUCGUAACCCGUCCUCCUUCAGUCGGUGGCCCCGUUCGCAACCCUUUCGGCGGUGCUGGCUUCCCCAACCCCAUUGGUGGACGUGGUAUGGGCAACCCACCAAGCCGCACUCCCUCCGGUGUUGCCGUCGUGGCAAAACCCCCCAACAAGCGUGACGACGAGCAGAAUAAGACCAUGCCUCUCACUGCUGGUAUGGAACUGAAAGCUAUUGUUACUACUGAAACUGGCUGGAAGCCUCGCAGUCUUCAACAACAAUCAGGACCAGCACCAGGAGAGGCUGGCGGUCUUAUGGAUGCCACAACCGUCCAAAGAAAGACUAAGGCGGCUCUGAACAAGAUGACUCCCGAGAACUUCGACCGUAUCUCUUCGCAAAUCCUGGAAAUCGUGUCGCAGUCCAAGGAUGAAUCAGAUGGCCGCACCCUCCGACAGGUCAUUCAGCUUACUUUCGAGAAGGCUACUGAUGAAGCUCACUGGGCUCCCAUGUACGCCAAGUUCUGUAAGGCCAUGCUUGAGAGCAUGAGCCCCGAAAUCAAGGAUGAGAACAUCCGUGACAAGAACGGCAACGUUGUUUGUGGUGGAAACCUGUUCCGCAAGUAUCUGCUCAACCGUUGUCAAGAAGAGUUCGAGCGUGGCUGGAAAGUCAACCUUCCCCCGAGGCCAGAGGGUGUGACGGAGGAGGUUGCCAUGAUGUCUGACGAGUACUAUAUCGCUGCCGCUGCCAAGCGUCGUGGUCUUGGUCUGGUCAAGUUCAUUGGUGAGCUUUACAAGCUGGGCAUGUUGACUGAGCGUAUCAUGCACGAGUGUGUUAAGAAGCUCGUCGACUUCGAAGGGGUUCCCGAGGAGGCCGAGGUUGAGAGUCUUACAUCUCUCCUGCGCACUAUUGGUGCUUCUCUGGAUGCAUCCGAGAAGGGCCCUGCCAUGAUGGAUGCAUACUUCGCCAGAAUCAAGAUGAUCAUCGACCUUCCCGAGCUGAACAGCCGUAUGCGUUUCAUGUUAAUGGAUAUCGUGGAUCUCCGUAAGAAGCGCUGGCAGUCGAAGGACUCUGACAAGGGUCCUAAGACUAUUCAGCAAAUCCGUGAAGAGGCCGCCCGUGCUCAGCAAGAAGCUGAUAUGGAGCGACAACGCCAGAACUCCAACCGCGGUGGUGCUGGUGGUCGCCCUCCCAUGGGCCGUGGCGAUGCUCGUGGACUCAGCGGAUACGGACACCAAGCCCCUCCUCCCGACUAUGCCUCUAGCAAGGUUGGAAGCGAUGACCUGCGCCGUUUGCGUUCCACCCGCAACACCAACCAGCCCAUGUCCUUUGGCCCGUCAAGCCUGCUGGGCUCCCGUAGCGGCAGCGGUCGUAAGGGCCUCGGCCCUGGUGGUAAUUUGGUGCGUGGCAGCGAUGACAGUGCCGCUAGCAGCCGCACAGGCACUCCCCCCGCCGGCAAGAAGGAGGACAAGGAUGCCUCCUCGUCAAUGAAUGCUUUCAGUGCUCUCGCCCAACUGGAGGACCGUGACAACCUGGCGACUUCUCCUCCCUCUACCCACACUUCCCCCGUCCUCACCAAGUCCCAGCCGGCCACCGAAGAGCGUCGGCCCUCAAAAACCCCAUCUAAGGAUGGCGAGAACCCAGCAUAG